GUGGGAAGAAACGUGAGCUCAAAUUCUGGAUCUGUCCCUUUUCAGCAUGUAACCUUAUAACGUAAGACCAAAAUGUAGUCUUCCCGAAUUUGACAAAAUCUUAUUUUUUAUGGUCCAUCUUAAAGUUACCAACUUUGCGAAAGCAUCUCAGCACCCCCACCUCCCCAGUAGCUCAGGGCACUAACUGUCUUUUGCCACUAGAAUGGAGCUUAUCCUUGCGAGGUGAGCUGAUCAUUGAGCCCAGCUCCUUGGCUAGGCAGCAGUGAACUGAGAUCUAAGUACCCGGAAAGUGGCCACUUGGUGCUACAAUCCCUCGGGCACCUCCUGGCUGUGAAGGCCAACGUAGAAGUCGAAUCCCCGACGUCUCCACGGCCACCCCGUCGCAGACUGUAAGCACAUCGGGGUUUCAGGUGGACGCCUGCGCGACGGCGCGGUACUCACUUCUGUCGUCCCGGGUGCCUAGCACGCUGCCAAGGACCUCGGGUGCCUAGUAAACACUCGUGGGAAGCAGAGCGCAGGGAGACCCCGUAUCUAGACGUGCCCAAUCGGCUCCGCCGAGCCGCGAUGAUUGAUGAGAUGCCUGAGGCUGCCGUGAAAUCCACAGCCAACAAAUAUCAAGUCUUUUUCUUCGGGACCCACGAGACGGCAUUCCUGGGCCCCAAAGACCUCUUCCCUUACGAGGAGUCCAAGGAGAAGUUUGGCAAGCCUAACAAGAGGAAAGGGUUCAGCGAGGGGCUGUGGGAGAUCGAGAACAACCCUACUGUCAAGGCUUCCGGCUACCAGUCCUCUCAGAAAAAGAGCUGCUCAGAGGAGCCGGAGCCAGAGCCUGAAGCCAGAGAGGGUGACAGUGACAAGAAAGGAAACGCGGAGGGCAGCAGUGAUGAGGAGGGGAAGCUGGUCAUCGAUGAGCCAGCCAAGGAGAAGAACGAGAAGGGGGCACUGAAGAGGAGGGCAGGAGACCUGCUGGAGGACUCCUCCCCUAAACGUCCAAAGGAGGCAGAAGAUCCAGAAGGGGAGGAGAAGGAGGCAGCCACCUUGGAGAGUGAGAGGCCUGUCCCCACAGAGGGGGAGAAAAACAGCACCCCCUCUGAGCCCAGCUCCGGCCGGGGCCUUCCUCCUGAGGAAGAGGAGGAGGAGGAAGAGGCUCCCAAGGAGGAUGCUGAGGCCCCGGGCAUCAGAGAUCGUGAGAGCCUGUAGCCACCAGUGUUUCAAGAGGAGCCCCGCCCCGUUCCUGCUGCUGUCUGGGUGCUACUGGGGAAACUGGCCAUGGCCUGCAAACUGGGAACCCUUUUUUCCACACAACCCACUCUCCUCCACUCAUUUCCCCCACUGCAAGCCCACCCCCUGGAGAUUGAUCUGGCGCUCACUUCCGGGUCCCCGACACCUGUGACCUGAGUCAGGGCCAUGUACUCAGCUCCCUGGGAUGAGACAAGGCUAUUGUGUCCCAUGCUGCUUGAAGCUGUUUCCUAGGGCUUCUGUGUGGUCCGGGGCUGGCUUUUCCCACCUGACCCCCCUCCUCCCCUCGUGUAGGGAUUCUGGUGGUGUUGGGUAGGAGCAGAAGGAGUGGAGCAUAAAUAGGGUGGGCUUCAGGCUGGGGGUGUUGGGGGAGCAAGAAGGCAUUGUCCUGACCUCCUGUUCCCCAGUCCCACACCUCUUUUCCCAGCUGCCCAGAUUCAGGGAAAGUGGGACAGCCUGUGGGGGAGGGCUCCGUUUCAUAAAUCCUCGAUGAUUGACAAUACCUGUUCUUUUGCUGAUGCUCCAGGGGUUCUGGCAGUUGUAGUUUAUCAUCAAAAGAAUUUGGGGCUUUCAAGUUGUUUGGGCCAAAGACUUGAGAUCUGAAGGGUCAGCUCUACCCAUAUGGGUAGGAGUGUUGAGCCAUCUGCCCCCUUUAGCUCUCUGGGGCAGAGAUGGGAUACCCUGGGGGAACUCCUGCCUGCCCUGUCCCCUUUUCCCACAGUACUCGAGGCCAGCCUAGUUACAUAUACCACCCAGACAUAAAGGAAAAGAUACAUUUUUUAGGAAAUGUUUUUAAUAAAAGAAAAUUACAAAAAAAAUUUUAAAGCCCCCUACCCUUUGUGUGCUCCCUAUUCUGCUCCUUCUCCAUGUUGCCCCCAUUUCUGAGGUGCACUGGGAGGCUCCCCUUCUGUGUGGGGCUUGAUGACUUUUUGUAGCUGGGGCUUCGGUGUUUCUUCUGGUGUCACUUCCUAUCCACAUACCCCUCCCUGGUCCCGUGGUGUUUUCACCAGAUCUGGUUUGUAACUCACUGAGAGGACAGAGAGUGAGUGCCCUCUCCCAGCCUCUUCCUAGUGGUUUCUCACCGCUCCAUCUCUGUCUCUUAUCCUUGCCCCUCUCCCUUGGGCUCUGAUGAAAAAUUGCUGACUGUAGCUUUGGAAGUUUAGCUCUGAGAACCAUAGAUGAAUUCAGUUCUAGGAAAAUAAAACCUGUUGAUUACUA